AUGACAAAUUACAAGGCGGUGCGAUAUGAUGGCGGGGCUCAGAGAGUGGGCAACUACUCUUACACCGGCGGUACCAGUCUCGAGGAAAACGAAGAAGAAUUGGACGAGGCUGCGAAUCUAGGGCUCUUCUUUCCUCUGCCUUUCAUGGCGGAUCCAUGGAAGCUGCUCCAGCGCGGCUCUGACCAAAAAUCUUUCUGGUUGUAUUCGGGGACGCGGUUCACGCCUCCAGCGCUACGUUUCGAGUCGCAGCCAAUAGAAGAUCUCUUCCAGCAGUACACAUUCCAGUUCAAUCGUCAAAGUGUAGUCAGGUUGAACAUGAUUCACUUUGGAUUAUGUGGUAUUCUAUGUGGCAUUUUCUACUCCGGAAGUGACGUCAAAGAAGAACCGUCGUAUUUAAUAUUACAAGCAUUGUGCGCAUUAGUCAAUUUUAUAUUUUGGAUCAGCUUAGGGUUCAUCGAUCGCAGUGCAAAUUUGCGGAAAGAUUUCUUCCAAGUUCAAUGCUACAUUCUGUUAUUAAUAUUGAUAGCUCAAGUAAUUGUGACAACCUACUACUUCUCAAAUAUUGGUGGGACCUUGUCAUUGUGGGCAGCGAUGCUCGUUAUUUUCUGCGUUGAAGUGCUUUUGCCCAUUCCCUUUACACUUGCCAUCUUAUCUGCUUUUUUAAUUGCCCUUACCUAUAUUCUCAUGGAAAUCUUUGGAAGUACAGUUCUCCCUUGGCAAAUCCAUGUGGCCACCUUUUUCCUGCUAUUAACGUCGUUUGUCGGAGGCGUGUGUAUCCGAUAUCCUUCUGAAAUCGGACAACGAAGAAGUUUUAUGGAGACUCGACAGCUGAUUGAGACCCGAAUUCAGAAGGGAAAAGAAACAACACGUCAAAAUCGGCUGUUACUGUCGGUCCUGCCUCGGCACGUCGCAAAUACAAUCAAAAACGAUUUUGAAGCAAAUAAGACACGAGCGGAAAAGCCCGAAGAACAAUUCCACAAAAUCUACAUUCAACGUCACGACAAUGUGUCUAUCAUUUACGCUGAUAUUGUGGGCUUCACGAAAUUUGCGGACCAGGUCAGCCCCGACGAUUUGGUCAGGACACUUCACGAGCUCUUUGUGCGCUUCGACAAGCUUGCCAACGAAAACCACUGCCUUAGAAUCAAAUUGUUAGGAGAUUGUUAUUAUUGUGUCUCGGGGCUUCCCGAAUCCCGACCGGAUCAUGCAACAUGCGCUGUACAAAUGGGUCUAGACAUGAUAGAGACAAUCAACCUGGUCAGGCUGGUCACGGGCGUUUCGGAGCUCAAUAUGCGUGUUGGCAUUCACUCUGGAAGAGUGCACUGCGGAGUUCUAGGGCUUAAGAAAUGGCAGUUUGAUGUUUGGUCGGAUGCGGUGACAAUUGCUAACAGAAUGGAGUCUGGUGGAAAACCUGGCAAAAUUCACAUAACAAGCGACACCCUUACUCAUCUCGAUGGGCGCUUUAUCGUUGAAGAUGGUCAUGGUGAUCAGAGAGACGAUAUGCUUCGACAACGCAAAAUAAAGACGCAUUUUAUUGUAAAAGCCGCACCAGACUCGGAGAAGGGCGUCCAAGGAUCGCUGAAGGGAAAUCAGAAGCGCUCCGAUUUCACCGCAUGUCGCAAGGAGAUGAAACGGCUGGGCUUUGACUCCAAUCUUCACACCGACUUGACGGAGGAAGAAGAUAACCAGACAGGCGAAGGCGACGUCUCUGCGUACAUGAACCAGGCAAUUGCUGGGCAAGAUCAAAUUCUUUCUCAGGACCAGUGUAACAAAUGGACUCUCGUUUUCAACAACAAAGAAAAGGAGAGUAAAUACUCUAACCUCAUGAUGACAAAUUCCCACAUCUACCUCUUCUGCUCAUCACUCAUCAAUCUAUGCAUCGUAGUUACUGCGGCAAUAAUAAGUCCAGUAGAAUCUCGCUUACUUGGAGUUUAUAUUUUCUGUGCCCUGAUAUUUGUUCCGAUGCUGUUGAUUUCCUACCUGAUUCGAAACAAGCGCAUUCAAACCCAAGGUGGAUGCUUCACAGUGAUAAUGAUCCACUACAUAAUCAGCUUCAUUGCCUCAGUUGUCCAACUUUUGGCCGCCAUAACUGGAAUCCUCACCUGCAAUAAAGGCUCAGUUAGAGGAUGCAAGGAAAUAUUAGGAGAAGACGUUAUCCAAUUCGCCGUCGAUGACUUUUGUGAUCCCCGACAACUACGUUCAAACGCCAGUACUUUUACAGCUUGUGAUGAUUUCAAUGACGACCAACUAGACGUUUGCAAUUAUCCACACUACUUUUACUAUUGUGCUGUGGCUGGGUUGAUUGGAAUAUCAACAAUGAUCAAUCUACCAGCGACAGUGAAGCUACUUUUAUACUCACUUCACUGUGUGACGUCAAUCUUAUUCCUCUUCUCAAUGGAUGGUAUGAACGUUUUUGACAAUUUCGACAUAUUUCUUGCCUGUCCCCGAUGGAGAGAAAGUGCAGUUGAAACUUGGGAUCCACCAGGAGUUGAGGCGCGCUCUUUAUACACAGCCAUUCCAAUCCUGUUCUUGUGGGUCGUUGCACUCUUCGUGCACGGACGACAAGUAGAAACCACUCAACGAAUCGACUACCUCUUCAACGAACAGGCAACAGACGAAAAAGAAGAAAUGAACCAUUUUCAACAGUAUAACAAACGCCUCCUCUACAAUAUUCUUCCUGAGCGCGUAGCUAAAUUCUUCCUUCACAAUCCCAAAUUUCUUCAUAAUCCCGAGGAACUUUACCACCAAUCUUGUGACACUGUGGCUGUUAUUUUUGCGUCGAUACCAAAUUAUUCUGAUUUUUAUCAGGAGCUGGAAAUCAACGACGAGGGAAUGGAAUGUCUAAGACUUCUCAACGAGAUUAUUGCAGAUUUUGAUGACCUGAUGGGACACAAAGAGUUCGUUGGAGUCGAAAAGAUCAAAACAAUUGGAUCGACCUACAUGGCCGCGUCUGGUUUGGAGGAGGAAUUCAAAGAUGACAUUGAGAAAGGUCUCCAUGUUGUGAAACUGGUGAAGUUUGCCAUGCGUAUUCAGGACCAGCUUGAUCAUGUGAAUAUCCACAGCUUCAAUAGUUUUGCAAUGAGAAUCGGGAUCAACGUUGGCCCAGUGGUUGCGGGAGUGAUUGGCGCGCAAAAACCUCAAUUCGACAUUUGGGGAAACACUGUUAACGUCGCCAGUAGAAUGGAGAGUUCGGGAGAUAAUGGAAAGAUCCAGGUAACGAUGGAAGUGAAAGAAAUCCUCGAGCCGCUGGGUUACACCUUCGAUUCCCGUGGACUUGUAAACAUCAAAGGCAAAGGGACCAUGGAAACAUUCUGGCUAACCGGUCCACGGCCCGCGAAGCGAAUCAUCAACUCCACGAAAAUCGACAUGCCCCCGUGCGACACUCCAAACCAAAUGGAAUGA